AUGGCCGACCCUGUGUCGUGGUUGGCGAUGUUUGGAGUGAAGCACUUGGCUUGUAAGGCCAUGGAAGCAGCCAAGAACAACAAGGAGGCCGUGAGAAUCCAGCAACAGCUCGAUGCCGGAUCUGGUGAUCAAUACCGUAUGUUGCUGGCCUUCUUGGAGAACUAUUCCAAGAUUGACCGAGACACCAUCAUUCAGAAGAGCAUGAGCAAGGAAGCCUCCGACAGGGUCUUGGGGUUGUACCUCCUGAGCUUUAUGACCUACGCCAAGAAUGUGGCCAUUGCUUAUGCCAAGAAACCCGAGAAAGUCAUGAAGAGCCUGGCGAAGCAGGUGCCCAAGAAUGUGUACUUGCAGGCCGAGGAGGGGCACAAUCCCAUGAAAUAUCUCAUGGCUUUCACAUUUGUCCACUCCAAAAACCAUGAGAAGUUGAUGAGGAGCAUCCUGCAACAGGCCGAGGGCGGUUCUGAAAGCCCACAACGUGGCAAGAUGGUGGAUGAUCUCGUGGAAGACUUCAAGGGCGAGAUCAAGGACCACUUGAAGGACGAAGUCCUCUCAGUGGUGGAAGAGAUCUUGGUGGAGAGCAUCGGUGAGUCCUUCGGCCUCACGGCUUUGCUCCAGGUGCUCGAUCAGCUGAAGACGGUGCCUCUCAUACCCGACGCCGCAGGUCAUGCCCUCCGCAUCGUAGAUGGGCCGACCUUCUCCAACCCUGCUGGUGAUGUGCCGCUAGAGUGGCAAAACGCCCUGGAGGCCGCUGGUGCUCUGCGCGUGCUCUCGCCGGCCGUGCAGACGGCACUUUGCUCAGUGGGUCAACGCCUGCUGCGGCAGCUGGGCGUGAUGAGGCCCACGCGACAUGACAUCGUGCCGCUCUGUGUCCGCUGGCAUACAAGCCUUUCGCCAGAGUCGGCGAGGUCGAGCGACGACCCAAAGAGUGCCGACCAUGAAGAGGCAGAUCCGAACAGGCAGGGAAACCUCCAGUGCGGGGGUAGCAGUGGCAGCGAUGCAGCGCCCAGGCAGGAUGCAGAGCCGGUCGACCAGCAGGCUCGAGAAAAGUCAGGAGACGGCCAGCAGCCUGCGCCUCUGGACACAGCGACCUUGAGGUCGGGCGUCUGGGCCAGUCUGGCGUGUCUUCGAAAUCAUUUCUUGACGGGAGCAGUGGGCGCUCCGCAAGAGAAGGGAGGUGAUGUGGUGCCGUGGCGGGAGCUGGGCAAUGGCCUCCUCUUUCCAUGCAGCAGUCGGCGGAGCGGGUUUGGGCCUUGCCAGCGUCUCACAUGCCCGACCUACUUUGGGGAGGCUGUCGGUAGCGACUUGCAGCAUGACGUUCUCGUGGCCAUUAUGGGCUUCAUCCACGGCAAAGAGGCGGAAGUGCAUGAUAUCGGAGUCUGCUCGGAUCCGCCACCUCCUUGGCUGCGGGACGAAAAGGAGAAGGGCAGUGAGAGCAAGGAUGCCCUCACGACAGAUCGGCUCAACUGGGAGGCCUUCCUGGAUGAUCUGGGCCUCAAGCCGCUGUCGCCCUGCACCUCACACCGAAAGGUGGCAGGCACGAUCCUAACAAUCGAUCUCGGCUGGCGUUUGUCGAGUUCCGAUUGGUGGAAAGCCGCUGCUUCAUCCAAGGCGGCUCUGGCAUACUUGGAGCGUCGGCUGAAGGAGGCAGACCGCGUGGAGAUCACUUGGCUAAAGCAGCUUCGAACACCGGAGCGGGUCGACGUUUCCGAGCUCUUCCUCCGCAGCGCCUACGUUCGCUAUGGGGGCCACUUCUUGCCCUACAUGGACCUGCCCCAGACAGAUGCGCCCGUGGCAUCUUUGGCUUGCUUGAGGCGACUGGGUGUGGCUACGGACCUCACCGGCAGUGGCUUGCGGAAAUGCCUUCAGGUCUUAGAGGGCCGGGCAUGUCAAGACCUCAGCGUUUUCGCGGACAUCUACGCCGCCUUGGCAUCGCUGCCCAAGGAUGAACAGGCCUCCACGGGCAGCUGGGGCUCGCAGGAGGCACCUGGGCAGUCGCGUGUCUUCGUGCCACCAGCUACCUUCCGCAAAGCGGCCGAGUGCGUCUGGACUGACCAUGGGAAAUCCACCCUGCGAUGGCUUUGUGGCUACGUCGCGCUUCAGCCUGACUACGGGCGCUUUGGCAAUCUCUGCAGAUCGUGGCUGGUGGGACCACAUGUGGCCAUAAAGCACGAUCUCGACGCGCUUGAGGCUGAGAUCGAGUUGCUCACGCAGGUGGAAGUUGCCAGAAAGUUCAUGAUCGCAAGCCUUCAUGAGCCGGACGACAGAAAGGCCUUGCAUGAAAUCUUCGGAGGAGAUCUGGCAAGAGUUUGCGGCGUUCGAGUAGUUUUGGAGCAGCUCGACUCUGUGGUUAGCCCAAGCGCUAGCCAGCGGCUGUCCCAGUGUCUGAUGGCCUGCCGGUCCAUCGAAGAUGUCUUAGCCGACCUUGGCUUGUCCAGGGCCCUGCUGGAAGCCGAGGAAGAGCAGCGCCAGGCUCUGGCCGAGCGUCACGCCAAACUCGGCGAGCCCAGCAGCAGCAGCAGCAGGGGUUGCGCUAGCCCAGAUGGUCUGGACGCAGCAAGCCCGGUGGCAAUGUCGAACCCACAAAUCCAUGCAAUUGCCAACGACUUCUUCAUCUGUGCUGGUGAAAUUCGGGACGCUGCCGACUCGGACGAGCAAGAUGACGCGCAGUUGCAGAGCUUCACGAAGCGUCUAUCUGAACUGGCGUCCGACAUCGUCACUGGAGCAGGAGGUGCCAUGACCGAUGCGCGAUCUCGCGCAGUGCAGCUCCCGACGUGGCUGGGUGAGGUGGCAGCUGCUCUGCGCAGCUACGUCACGCGCUCCUGA